AGGAUUUGGUUAGACCGAUUUGGUCAAGGUCGGUUUAUGGUUAUUUUUUGGACCGAACUGGUUGGGCCGAGUUGGGCUUGGUUUUGUGCAAGGCGGAAGGGAGAUCGACGACACUCAGACCUCGUCGGCAGGGAUGGCGAGCCUUGCCGCCGGCUACAAUGGGAGGAUGGCGCCGGCCCCAGAAUCCGCCGGCAACGAACGCGGCGGUGGUUUGACGACAGCUAAGGCGGGUGAGCACUUACUAUUUUGGUCAGAACUUCGUUUUACUUCCCAUGAUCUGUAUACAGCUAUACUAUUUCUAGUUUACUACUACUAUGAGAACGUAUUAUCUUGCUAAAUUUCUGUAGUGCUUUCAA